AUGGUUGUUGCCAAAAAUUCCAUGCUUCCUUCAGGCUUAGGCUUAGGCUUAGGCUUAGGCUUAGGCUUAGGCUUAGGCUUAGGCUUAGGCUUAGGCUUAGGCUUAGGCUUAGGCUUAGGCUUAGGCUUAGGCUUAGGGCCUAAGCCUAAGCCUAAGCCUAAGCCUAAGCCUAAGCCUAAGCCUAAGCCUAAGCCUAAGCCUAAGCCUAAGCCUAAGCCUAAGCCUAAGCCUAAGCCUAAGCCUAAGCCUAAGCCUAAGCCUAAGCCUAAGCCUAAGCCUAAGCCUAAGCCUAAGCCUAAGCCUAAGCCUAAGCCUAAGCCUAAGCCUAAGCCUAAGCCUAAGCCUAAGCCUAAGCCUAAGCCUAAGCCUAAGCCUAAGCCUAAGCCUAAGCCUAAGCCUAAGCCUAAGCCUAAGCCUAAGCCUAAGCCUAAGCCUAAGCCUAAGCCUAAGCCUAAGCCUAAGCCUAAGCCUAAGCCUAAGCCUAAGCCUAAGCCUAAGCCUAAGCCUAAGCCUAAGCCUAAGCCUAAGCCUAAGCCUAAGCCUAAGCCUAAGCCUAAGCCUAAGCCUAAGCCUAAGCCUAAGCCUAAGCCUAAGCCUAAGCCUAAGCCUAAGCCUAAGCCUAAGCCUAAGCCUAAGCCUAAGCCUAAGCCUAAGCCUAAGCCUAAGCCUAAGCCUAAGCCUAAGCCUAAGCCUAAGCCUAAGCCUAAGCCUAAGCCUAAGCCUAAGCCUAAGCCUAAGCCUAAGCCUAAGCCUAAGCCUAAGCCUAAGCCUAAGCCUAAGCCUAAGCCUAAGCCUAAGCCUAAGCCUAAGCCUAAGCCUAAGCCUAAGCCUAAGCCUAAGCCUAAGCCUAAGCCUAAGCCUAAGCCUAAGCCUAAGCCUAAGCCUAAGCCUAAGCCUAAGCCUAAGCCUAAGCCUAAGCCUAAGCCUAAGCCUAAGCCUAAGCCUAAGCCUAAGCCUAAGCCUAAGCCUAAGCCUAAGCCUAAGCCUAAGCCUAAGCCUAAGCCUAAGCCUAAGCCUAAGCCUAAGCCUAAGCCUAAGCCUAAGCCUAAGCCUAAGCCUAAGCCUAAGCCUAAGCCUAAGCCUAAGCCUAAGCCUAAGCCUAAGCCUAAGCCUAAGCCUAAGCCUAAGCCUAAGCCUAAGCCUAAGCCUAAGCCUAAGCCUAAGCCUAAGCCUAAGCCUAAGCCUAAGCCUAAGCCUAAGCCUAAGCCUAAGCCUAAGCCUAAGCCUAAGCCUAAGCCUAAGCCUAAGCCUAAGCCUAAGCCUAAGCCUAAGCCUAAGCCUAAGCCUAAGCCUAAGCCUAAGCCUAAGCCUAAGCCUAAGCCUAAGCCUAAGCCUAAGCCUAAGCCUAAGCCUAAGCCUAAGCCUAAGCCUAAGCCUAAGCCUAAGCCUAAGCCUAAGCCUAAGCCUAAGCCUAAGCCUAAUUAA